AUGAGCAGCAAGGAUUACAUUGAAGAGGAAGCCGAGUUGGAUGAUGAGGAAGUUGCUGAACAACCAACCCGAGAUGAUGAUGAAGAUAGUGAGGAAGAGGAAGAAAAUGAAGAUCUUGAUAAAUUUGAAAAGGAUGGUUUUAUCGUAGAUGAUGAUGAGGAAGAUGAUAAUGUACCUCCACCAUAUAUUGAUCCUUUUGAUCAAGGAGAACAAACAUUAAAGAGAAAAGCUAAUCCUUCUAAAAAGAAAAGAAAGUUUAAAAGACUUAAAAAAGGAGAUCUUUUAUCAAAAGAAGUUGAUGAUCUUCGUGAACCUGAACAUUUUGAUGAUGAUGAUGAUGGAGAUGAAUCCGAUUUUAUUGAUAGAGACGAUGAUGAUGUAGAUAUCUUCGGUUCGGGAGAUGAGGAUGACAUGUAUGAUGAUAUGUAUCCUGAAGAAGAUGAUUAUGAAAGAAAAGUUACUUUGAAGGAUAUUUAUGGUCCUGAUUUGCUAGUCGAAAAGUUCUUGACUGAUGAAGACGAAAGAAUUAGAAAUGAAGAUGUCCCUGAAAGAAUUUUAUUAAGACAAGGAAUUAGACAAAUUGAACAAGAAGAAUUAUAUAAUGAAGCUUGUUGGAUUUAUACUCAAGUUUUUCAAUCUGAAGCCGAACUUAGUAUUGACAAAUAUUCUGGAUUAGAAGGAGAUAGAUAUAAUUCUCUUAAAAAUUUAUUUGUUGAAACUAUUAUUAAGGUCUUAAGAUUUAUUUUGCAACUAAGAUAUGAUAUUCCAUAUAUUGCACAAUAUAAGAAAGAGGACUUUGAACAUAUUUUAUAUAAGGAUAGUUUUGGAAAUGAUAGAGAUUUAUGGAAAAUAUUUGAAUGGGACGAGAAGUGGUGUAUUCUUCAAUCAAAGAAGAGUAAACUCAAGCUCUUGUAUGAUAAUGCAAAGUCAGUCAUACCUACCGAAUAUUUGGCAUAUUUUGAAGGAAGUGAAACUUUGGAUGAGAUUAACGACUAUCAUCUUCAUUUUACUACUGUUCUCAAUGAAGAAUCAGAAAAUCAACUUACUACCCUAAAGAGACCUACUAAGAGAGAUUUAUAUACUAUGGCUAAGAAAGAGGGUUUGGCAAUUUUAGCAUCACAAAUGUCUCUUUCAUCAUAUCAAUAUGCUGAAAAUUUAGAAAGUACUUUCCAAAUUGUUGAAACCCAAGAUCAUGCACUUGAUCCUGCUUCUGCUGCUGAAGUUUUUAAAACUAGAACUUUUGAAAGUAUUGAAAGUGUUUUGGGGGGUGCAAGACAUAUUUGUGCAUUCCAAAUUGCUCAUGAACCUAAGAUCAGACAGCUAGUUCGUCGUUGCUUUGAAAAUAAUUCUACUAUCAAAGUGAAAUUGACCAAGAAGGGUAAAUCUGUUGAAGGCUCGGAUAUUAUUUCUCUCUUAGAAGAUGGUAGAACCAUGUUUACCAAGUUCAGAGAUGAAUGGGCUGCUCACGUCAGAUAUGCUCAUGACAAUAAGGAAAGCUUCCUUAAAUUAUUGAAGUACGAAAAUCUAGGUCUUAUCAAGGUAUCUUUAUUCUUAGAAGAUAGACACUUUGAUGGGUUGUUAAAAGCAGAUGUGCUUUAUUUGAGCCAAAAGCACUCUCAAAUUGCAACUUUAUGGAAUGAACAAAGAAUUAAGAUUAUUGAAGAAGCAAAGGGUAUUUUGAACAAAACUAUUCAACAUUCUGUAAAAACUAUUCUUAGAAAUAAGGCUGCAGACUUUGUUUCUGAUUUGUGUGAAUCCAAUUUAACAAAGAUGUUGUUUGAAGAGAGUCCUUAUGGUAAUAACCCAAGAGCUAAGUUUGAUUAUGACGAAUUCUUUGAAGAUGAAAAGCCAAGACCAACCAAAUACAAAAUCCUCAGUUGUGUUCCUGGUGGUGAAGAAGGCGAAAAGACAACUUGGGUUAUGCUUGAUGAAAAUGGUACUAUGAUUGAUAAGAAAGUUUGGCCAAUUGGCCAUCCUCACACAACUGGUAAUACUAGCGAUUCUGACAGGCAACUGAUCGACUCUAUGGUCAAGAGUGUAAAUGAUAUGAUCGCAUCUCAUCAACCAUCUGUUGUUGCUUUGGCUGCAUGUGGAGGUUUGAUUUUCAAGAAAAUGAAAGAAGCCUUUGAACGUACAAAACAAGGAGGUACAAUCUUCAACAUUAACUAUGAAAUCGUUCCUGAUGAUAUUGCAAGAAUCUAUGAAAAUUCAUCAAGAGCUACAAAUGAAUAUCCACAAGAAAAUAACGUAGUUAGAAGAGCUAUUUCUGUUGGUAGAAGAUUGAGAGAUCCAUUGACAGAAAUUUGUGGACUUUUUAAUAACGAAGAACUCCUUUGUUACAAGUUCCAUGAGCUUCAAGAUAUGGUUCCAAAAGAACAACUUGUAAAGUCACUUGAAAAGUCUCUUGUUAGAGUUGUUAACCGUGUUGGUGUAGAAAUUAAUAGAAUUGUCUUGUUCCCUCAAUUACAACCAACUUUGAGAUUCCUCAGUGGUUUGGGUCCAAGAAAGGCAGAACUCUUAAUUAAUAAGAUCAAACAAGAAGAUAGCGUCUCUGACAGAGAAUCUAUUAACAAUAUCCUGAACGAACAACGAAAUGUUGCUUUGAACAGUAUUGGUUUCUUGAUUGUAAGAAGACCACCAACUAUUGCUGCCAGAGACUCUAUGGCCAGAGCUUUCAAGGUUAUCGAUGCUACCAGAGUUCACUUAUUGUCUUAUCCUCUUGCUAAGAAAAUGGCUGAAGAUGGUCUGGAAACUGAAAAUUUAAAGACUGAAAAGAUUCACAAAAUCUUCAAAAAGCCUCAAGCAUUGGACGAAUUAGAUUUGGAUGCCUAUGCUGACGAACUCGAAAAGAGAAAUUAUGGUAAGACUCAUAUUACUUUGAAGGAUAUCAAGGAAGAACUUAAAUAUCCAUUCAAAGACCCUAGAUAUGAAUUCAAGAGUAUCAACAAUGAUGACGAGAAGGUAUUCGAACUUGUGACUCAUGAAACUAAAAAGUCUUUGGCACCUGGUCAACAAGUGUUUGCUACAGUUGUAACCGUUGGCGAAAGAAUCAUAUUUUGUAAAUUAGAUAAUGGUCUUUAUGGUGUUAUUGCAUUGUAUAACCGAAAUGUCUCUCUAAGGGAAGGAGAAGAAAGAUACUUUGAAAUUGAAAGAGUUGAAUACAAGCAAUUCAAAGUACAUCUUGUACCUCCAAAAGAAGAUAUCUAUGCACCAAAGGCAGAAUCUAUUAUGGAUCAACACCGUAAAUCAGCCCCUUCAAAGAAGAGAUUCCACAGACAAAUUGACCAUCCACAAUUUAAAGACUUUGAUUAUUCUCAAGCUGUUGCCUUCUUAGCUGAUAAGGGUCCUGGUGAAUUAGUCAUUCGACCAAGUAGUAAGGGAUAUGACCAUUUAGCUAUCACAUUUAAAUUUAGCACUAAUCUUUAUAUCAACUAUGAUAUUGAAGAAGAAAAGAAAGGAAAGGAUAUCAAUUCACUUGGUAGUACCCUUAAAGUUAAUGGAAAGAUAUUUAGUGACUUGGAUGAAGUUAUCUUUUAUUGUGUUGAAAGUUUAAUGGAAUAUUCAAAUCAAUUAAUGUCCAGUAGCAAGUAUUUUAAUGGUAACAGAGAUGAAUUGAAGGUUCAUUUGAGAGAAGAAAAGAAAAAGAAUCCAAGUGUUAUCCCAUAUAAGAUUGUCAUGAGUACUUCCAAAGCAGCAAGGUUCUAUUUCUUCUAUCUUCCUGGAAGACAUACACUCCAAGAAAAAUCAUUCACCGUUACACCUGAUGGUUAUUACUUUGCUGGAAGACAAUUCAAAGAUACUGUAAAGUUAAUUAAUGCAUUCAAGAAAUUAUGUCAAUCUGAUGCAUCUAACCGAGUUCAACCAAGUCACCAAGGUGGACAAUGGGAAUAA